AUGACACCCUCCUUGUCACCAAACACAAACUUAAUAAAUAACCAAAUUUCAGUUUCAGCCUCUUCCAGAGGUGGAAUUGUAAACCAAUCAAUUUGGAAUUUCCUGAUCAGCACUGACCCACAAGUGAUCCUAGUGACAGAGUCAUUCUCUCUAAAGGUCCUAGGUCCUCUCUUGCUCCUGCUGUUCCCCUUAUGUAGAAUCCAUGUACAUUGCCAGAACAUUUCAGGUAGGGAAUUCAUGAAAUAAUACCAUCUGAGCGCAAGCUGGGAAUUCAAUGAGUACAGAUGCAAUGAUCUCAUGAGAGAAAGAGAAGCUCCAAAAGACAGGAACUAUCACCUCUUCAUCUAUACCUUCUGGCACAAAAUUGAGCACAUAUGCAUCAGGAACUGGAGAGAUUACUACAGAAAUGUAUAUAUAUGGGUCCAGUAUCCCUUCAAAAUAAUCAAGUGUUACCAGGGGAAUAACAAAAAGGGCUACAAAGAGCACAGGGGCCACAGCUACAUUGAAUUCCAUUGUGGCAUGAAUGUUGAUAGCAUAGAGGACAUCCUGUUGUUAGAGGUUGUCAGUAACUAG